AUGGCACCCCAUGUUAGAGUGAAAUUGAUAAAUAUUUACUGUUUUAUAACUACCGCAAUGAAGCGUGUCCUGUCGAGAUCAGGUUUAGGUAAGUUUGGUCCACCAGUAUUGCCGGUAAAAAUACCGGUGACAAAAAAAUUCCAACACAAUUUCGUUACACCACUUCAUAGUAAAAUUAAAACGACAUUGACCGCACCUGUCCCUAGUCAUGUCGUGGGUUAA